GCGACCGUACGGACGCACAAAGGGCACCGGAGCAGGACAUAUGACCUCUAUUCUUCCUCGAACAUCUAUUCGUGCUACAACAUUCGACGGAAAGUCCAUAUUCUUGAGAAAGAAAACGAAGAGGGAUGUGCUGCUUGCGGGCCCGAGUUCGUCUACUCCCCAAAUGGGAAAACUGUUAGAUGUCCCAAUUCACCGACUCAUGGACGAGCUGUCAUCCAACGAAGCCAUCAGAUUAGCCCGAGAGGAGGGAGCCCGAGUGGAUGCUCUCAAUCGCCCAAGUUCAUCUACUGUGAAACCAGAAGACACGCUAUGGGUCGACAAAUAUCGCCCACAAAAGUAUACAGACCUAAUCGGUGACGAGCGCUUACAUCGAGAGGUUCUGGGCUGGGUGAAGGAAUGGGAUUACUGUGUGUUUGGCAAGAAAAAGGGCAAGAAGCGAGCCAGGGAAGAAAAUGUGGAUGGAAAGCCGCCGGAUCAGUAUCAUCGGCCAUACGAGAAGAUUUUGCUGCUUUCUGGCCCACCUGGCUUGGGUAAGACGACAUUGGCUCAUGUUGUGGCGAGACAAGCAGGAUACAAUGUCUUCGAGAUAAAUGCUAGUGAUGCUCGCUCGGCCUCCGUAGUGGAAGAACGAAUACGUCCGGCCAUAGAAUCUGGGGCCGCUGUAGGCAGCUCAAGACCAAACCUGGUCGUGAUAGAUGAGAUCGAUGGUGCGACGGGAGGUGGUGACAAUGGUGCAGGUUUCAUCUAUAAAUUGACACAAAUGGCACUAGAAAAGCCAUCGAAUCAGCGGCGAAAGAAGAAAGAAGCCAACGGCCAACGGCCACUUCUCCGUCCUAUCAUCUGUAUAUGCAACGACUUGUAUGCCUCCUCGUUGGCAAAACUACGACCUCUGGCACGCAUCGUUCGGUUUUCAAGACCUGCAGAUCUCCAUAUGGUCAAGCGUUUACGAGAGAUUUGUGAGGAAGAAAGCUUGAAGGCAGAGUCGAGAGCAUUGACGACACUGGUCGGAGUAUGCAUGGGCGAUUUCAGGGGUUGUCUCAACACCCUUCAGCUCUUGAAAGCUCGGAAUCAGACCGUGACGGAGCCGAUAGUACGCAAGGCCACGUCCGGGAUGAAAGAAGCAGACUCCUCGUUCAAUGUUGUCCUCAACAGUCUCUUCGCUCCUAUGAACAAACAGAGAGUGAAGGAGCUCGGGAUGAGCGAAGAACAGGACUCGAAGUACGUGGAUAGGAUCAGUCGGGAUGUGGAGGCCAGUGGGGCCUUAGAUCGUGUGGCAUUGGGAUGCUUCGAGCACUACGCCAACCUACAUCAACAUGACGGAACCUUUACUCGAUACAUGAAGGGUAACGAGUGGCUAGUCUCGUAUGACAUGCUCUCUGGCACGAUGUACUCAGAGCGAGAGUAUGCGUUGAUGCCUUACCUGGCGUAUAACCUUGUGGCCUUCUAUCCGCUUUUCCAUGUACGCGGAGGACCAAAGGUCGAAAGACCUAAAGCUGACUGGGAGAACUUUACUCGAACACGAGCUAAUGAGGAGAUUUUUAAGUCGCUCGCACAUUCCGUCCGUGUGGGUAAUGGCCAUAAUACGGGCCAUCACCGGGACCUCAUCAGCGAUGACAUUCUCCAUCUGGAGUUCGCGCCAUAUAUCAACCGAAUUAUCUCUCCACCUCUUCGCCCAGUGAAUAGUCAAGUCAUCCGGCCGGAGGAGAAGGCUCUCCUGGCUCGAUUGGUCAGCAUCAUGGUCUCCCUUGAGCUCCGAUUCGUUCAAGAGAAAGCAGAGGAUGGACAAUUGGUGUACAGACUCGAUCCGCCCGUCGAUGUGUUCGUGACGUACGAUGGGAAGCGAGCUUCCGACAUCGCAGUGUCUCGCUAUGCCGUCCGACACCUCGUCGCCGCCGAGAUUGACGCCCAGCUUAUCGCUCGUCAAGCAGAGGCCGUAGAGCGCACGAAAGCCGGUAAAUCGUCGUCGUUCUUCGGAGCCAGGAAUACAGCGGAUGCCGAUCAUGCUGACGAACCUCAGCCUGGCGAAGGGGAGGGGGGCACCGGGGAGGGAACCUUGUCGAGAGCGCGACCGGAAGACCGACCUCGGAAACGUGCCAAAGGCCCAGCGGAAAAAGAAAUCGACAUCGCUGACAAGCCUGCUGUCGACUUCUUUGGACGUCCGAUCAAGGUCACGCCGUCAACGAACAAGGCUGGAGGCAGAAAGCCUUCAUCGAGUGCUGCGAAUGGGCCCGGGGCCAAGAGUUCUAAUGCGGCGGUGGAGGCAUAUAGGGUGGCAUAUAAGUUUAAGGAGGGGAACUCUGCGGCAGUGAGGAAGCCGGUAAAGGUUUCGUCGUUCUUGUAGUGUUGUCCGUAGUGUUAUGUAUUGGAUUGUUGUACUUGUUGUUGGUUUCCCUGGGACAAUGCACGGCAGAAAGGAGAGUAUUUUCUU